UAAAUUAACUGAUAGCUAAACACUUUAGCUUCUGUUAAGACUGGCUAGCUUUCGUUCGCCGAAAAAAAAUAGCCUACAGACUAUAAUCUGAUUGUGCGAUUUGUUAUGUUGGGUAUUGCUAAAUAUUUUGCAAAAUGUUUGGCAGACAUUAUACUGCACAGCCACAUGUGUGUUUGAUUGUUUACCGAAGAAGAUUAACACUGAAUCUAAACGUCCUUUGUGGUCACUCUGGCCUACAAAUUCUCGGGGAAAUACAGUAGGACUAUGCUACACAAUGCGAGCAUACACUGAAUUCCUGGUGCUUAUAUCUACGUCCAGAUAGCCUAACAGUAGAAAACAGAUUUUUAAACAUUUUUAUGUCAUAUAUUACGUUAGAUAUUGUACCAUAUCUGUGGAAACAGGACUGUCUAUGCUUUGAUUAAGAUGAUCUAAAACUAUACAACUGCACCGAUGUGUUCUUGAGGUCUCAGACCACUGACGCUCUUAUUGGUUUAGUGGCAGCAAUCUAGUGAGGUAUUCGAGGCAAUAAAACUCAGCAAUCUUCUGUCAUUAGCCUAACUGACUGAAUUUAUAAUUGAGUAUGGAUUUCCCUGGGCAGGUCUGCAUACAGCUUUUUCAGUCUAUUCACGUGGGGCCCUGGGAGUGGCUGUGGGGUACCCCUUGGACACAGUUAAGGUGAGAAUACAGACCCAAAGGAAGUACACAAGUGUUUGGCAGUGCAUUCGCAACACCUGUAAAACCGAAGGGGUGAAUGGCUUCUACAAGGGGCUGUCCAUGCCGGUCACCACUGUCUCCAUAAGCUCCUCAGUGGUAUUUGGGACCUACAGGAACUGCCUGCAGUGCCUGCGUCAGCUGCGCAGCGGCAGUUUGGAUGCCCCGCCCUCCAAGCCGGACAUCUUCCUGUCUGGAUUAGCUGGAGGGGUUGCACAGGUAUCAGUGAUGGCUCCGGCUGACAUUGUGAAAGUGCGUCUUCAGUGCCAGACAGCGCCUUAUCAAGGCUCGGCCUCACACUCCAAACCCAAAUACCGUGGGCCCCUGCACUGCCUGCUGUCCAUUGCCAGAGAGGAGGGUGUGCUGGGCCUGUACAAGGGCGCGAAUGCCCUAGCGUUGCGUGAUGGCCCCUCCUUUGCCACCUACUUCCUGACUUACAACAUCAUCUGCGAGUGGCUGACACCGGCUGGCCAGAAGCAGCCAGGUUGGACGGUAGUUCUGCUGGCCGGUGGGUUGUCGGGGAUGUGUGGCUGGACGAUCGGCACGCCGAUGGACGUGAUCAAGUCGCGCCUACAGGUGGACGGGAUGGGGAAGCGGAGGUACAAAGGCUUUGUGCAUUGCAUUACUGAGAGCUUGCGCAAAGAGGGACCCGGAGUCUUCUUCAAGGGCCUGGGGCUCAACUGCAUGCGUGCCUUCCCAGUCAACAUGUCCGUGUUCGCUGCGUACGAGCUGGUGGUGCACAUCCUCAGGACAUCACCCUAGACAGUUGGCGCUCUGGCCUGAUUGCUGGUUGCCAGGACUGCUUGUAGGUCUGGAAAAAGUGCUCAUAUAAGAUCAGUUUUAAAGGAAAUUAACCUAAUGGCAGGAGUUACAGAUGCUGUUUCUCGGGGUAGUCAUUAAUUCAUUCAUUUAUUAUGUGAAUUUAAUAUCAUUUGAAUCAGUUUUCUGAUUGUCAGUAUUAUUGCAGUUUUAUUAACAUAACGGUACUACAGUAGUUCACCCACUAAUUUGUAAUAUUGACAACGACUGAAUUACUGCAGCAUAAUUGUUGCUGGAAUGAUAACACUGAACUAACUAGUCAAAACUGACUGGUAUAUCUACAGUUAAGGCUGGGACAUGUUCUUAGACUUUUAAAACAAUUUGUUUAUAUAUUGGUGCACUUAUUUAUUGUAUGCCUGGAAGUUUCAUUUCACUGUUGCACACUUUUACACUGAAUUUGAAUCCUGGGCCAAUUUAUAUUACUAAGCGUGUGUGAUACAAAGGUAUAUCUACACAUUAAAAACUUUUCAGUAGGAAUACAAGUGAGAGUUCUAUUUCUAGUACUCAUCGUUCAGGUAUUUCAAAAGAUAUCACAUAAAAUUCAAUAUCAAAUUAUAAGGUAAGACUGCAACAGUAUUGCUUUCUUAAAUGUUCGUUGAUUGCCGUUAAAAGCCUUCCAACUACUUGUACAAUAGUAUAUUGUAUUUUUCCAGUUGAGCAAGUUGCAUCACUAAAUUAGUUAAAACAAACUGGUAUACUGAUCGAGUCUUGAAGUGUACUUGAACAUGUUGUACUUGAACAUAGUACUGGCUUACAUUUGCUGUCAUAUCUCAGGUAUGGAAUGCCUGAGCGGACCUGUUUCAGGAAUGCAUGCAACAUGCAACUUGCAGUUUUGUCAUUCGUAAGCAGCCAGCCGAUAGUGAGCCAUGCCCAUUAAGGCCAUGCGGCUGUCUGUGCAAAGGAGACUGCAUCACCUCAUUGCUUUCUAAGGGAAAUAUAGGAAAUAUAUUAUUACACAUGAAGAAAAGCUGAUUUAAAACUGACUUUUAAAUGAUUGAGAAAUUUGUAAACUGUGAUUGCCAGAAACAAAACAGGGUUUGAUUUUGUGGCGAUUUCAUUUUUUAAUGAUGUGAAGACUUAAUUCUAUAAAAUAUCUUUUCAAAGAUGGGAGCAUCUUAUUGUGUGAUUUUAAAAAUGUGUGUGAAAAAGAAAUGUGUGUGAAGAAAAAAAUAUUAUGCAGAUCCAUUAUAUUUAUGUAUAGACAUAAUAUAUUACUUCUCUAAUCUAUUUAAUAAAAUUGUUAACAAAAGGGUAAA